CCUUCCUCAAUAGUCCAGCCUCUUGUCUUCCUUCCCACCAGCUCUGGAAGUCGGCGUUCAAGCAAAAAGGUUAUGCAUCGCCGUCGCAUCGUAUCUCUUCGCCGUCCCCGCUGAUGCGACUCUGGUGUGAACGACCGACAAAUGGGGAUAUUCUCGCGGCGGGCUCAUAUUUCUGAGGGACCACCCUGCAUAUACAUUUCAUGAGAACGGUCUAGCGUCAAACCACGCUUCGAUCUGACAUUUAUCGCACCACAGCAAUCCACUUCGUAACUUCCCCCAAUGUCACGAUAAUACUAACACAAACGUUCAUUAAUGCGGAUUGCUAGUGACGGUCGCGGUCUGGGUGUUUCCCUCUUCGAAUGCGCGGCUGUGGGGUUGCUGCCGCUUUUUGCGGUGGUGGAUGGGUGGCAAACAGUGUCGAUGCUCGCGGUUUGGAUCGGAGGAUGUGUUGUUAGACGGCGGCGUGGGGAUCGCGGGCUUCUCACGGAUUGCGCGGUGUUUGGAGUAUUGUAUGCUUCGUUGGCGCGAGACAAGUUGGUUGCGACCGUGUUGAAGAGCUGGAAUGGAUGUAGGGGCUGGGUAGAAGGGUCGCCUGGUACAUAUGCCAUCUUCAGCGUCGCGAUACCGCUAGCUCUACUCGCAUUCUUUCUGUGGCACAGAUCCCGCAGUGACGAGGACCCGUUUGCGAACGCACCUGAUGUCAGUCGAUGGAGGUCUGAUGUGGAAACGCCAAAGCCGAAGAUCUUCCCGUGCCAAACGUCGCAUGCUCGAAUCUUUCCGAAGCGCCAUGCGUUCGCAUACUCAUACCUCCAGUGCGGGUUUCCCAUCGUCUCGAGUGGGCAUAAAUACCAGGGGAUAGAGUUCGCAAGCGGAGAGGACCAAACUUUGGGUAAAUGGUGGUUGCGAAUAAGAGCGGAGGAUUAUCUGGAACGAGGUGGCGGCAGAUCUGGAUUUUACUGGAAGCUGAGGUCAUACAUGCGGGCUCAGCAUGUUGAAGAUUCGGAAUGGGAGUACGCUUACUUGGUGACGGCACCGCGCUUCUUCGGCUACGCGUUCAAUCCGGUUUCGUUCUGGUAUAUCUACGAUCGCGAGCAUCAGCUUGUAAAGAUGAUACUUGAAGUCAACAACACAUUCGGAGAAAGACGCAUGUAUCUGCUUGACGGGUCGAGUCCUGCGAGUCCGCCGCGCACAUCUGAUUCUGAGCAGACGUCUGGAUCAGAAGGAAAUGGUUCGCAGGUACCUAUUGGGUCGAAGUCGAAGUUCACUGAUGUAUGGAUGAAAGAUUUCCACGUUUCUCCGUUCAACUCUCGAAAGGGCUCAUAUGCACUGAAAGCCCAGAACCCUUUCCCGUCUGUGGACUGUGAGAACCCUUUGAUCGACAACACCAUUACGCUCAAGUCUUCCAAGGAUCAUGGAAAGCUCGUAGCUCGCCUCUUCUCUACCGGAAAGGCUAUUGAUCCGGAUCAAUUGGGUUUCUUCGGAACUCUGCGAUUCAUUCUGAGUUGGUGGUGGGUAGGUCUUGUAACGUUCCCGCGCAUCGUCAGAGAAGCUGGCAAGAUCUUUUUCAAGAGGAAGCUGCACGUCUGGUUCCGGCCAGAGGUGCUAACGUCGAGCGUUGGCCGACUGCCCAUGUCGGCUGAGAUAACACUCUACAAAGUAUUCAGAAACUACCUACACAUACUCGUAAACCAGACCGAAGUAGACUUUUGCAUCACGUUCAAAGCGUCGAUUCCCAACGUCCCCACCGACAAGAUCGCCACGACAUACGCCCCUGGUCGCAAUCGACCGUACAAGGAAAUCGAGAUUCGUGUGCUCACGCCAGCAUUCUACUCACGACUCAUCCACUAUACGUACAUCUCCGAGGCCAUCGAUCGCGAAUGCAUUUUCACCGACGAACGGAACCGGACGCUGUGGAUGUGUCGUCCUCACCUCCUACCUUUGCUACUCUCCGAGGGCUCAUCAAUACGCCUCAAAGAUGAGGACACGCCGCGAGUCCGAAGAAGCUACCUGGACGAGCUCAGAUGGUGGUUGCUCAAGAAACUCAGGUGUCCGCCCGCCGACCCUGCAUACUCGGUCACGCCGCAAAGCUCCGCGGUCAAUGUGGAUGACAUUCGCGCCAGACCAUUCUCCGAGUUGGAUAGAUAUGUCCGGGGUUACUUCGGACAGCAGUACGCUUGUGAGUACCGGAGGACCGUUACCAAGCUUUUCUUGGCACAGCGCUUCUGUUUUGGGUUUACAGAGAUAGUUGGGCUGGUGGAUCUGGUGAUCAGGAUCUUGCUGUGUUAUGUUGCUGCUCAGCAGCUGAUGAGUUGGGGUGCGUCGACGCCGGGGUUGCUGUCAGCUGAAUGCCUAAAAGGUUUGGUGAUGAGAAGGGAUUGGUCGGCAUGCUCUAACGUGCUUAUGAUGGAUCACUGGGGUUGGUGGUCUUUAGGGAAGAGUGCGUUGGCGGUGUACUCGUGUCAUAUGUAUGAGUCCUUGAAGGGUUACAGAUGAAACCUAGACCUCUCCUCUCAACUACAAUUCAAUUCGUCAACAUA